GAGUUCAUAAGUACAUUUUGCAUUUUUUAUUUCAACAAACAAUAUUGUUGAGCAAGUAACACAGGCUACAACCUCAUCCUAGGAUUUGUUUCAAGCCGAACAUUAACGUUGUUGUACACGCGGUUCACUUGAAAGUAAAAUGGCGUCAAGAAGAGUGUCAUCGGUUCCUAAAAGUCAGAAACUUACCAUUGGAGAUUCAAAAAGUUCCAAAGCUGUGAUUGAAAACAGCAAGAGCAACAACAGUGGAACUGGAAACCCCAGCAAAGCCAAAGGCAACAGCAGUGGGAAUGGAAAUAAAACAAAAUCUGGUGGUACAAUAGUGAAGUCUCGAUAUCUACAACCUGUUGAAAAGGCACCUCUAACCAAGAACAAUUCACUCACCAAUGAGUCCACCCUUGUGCCACCAAGACCUGCCUCACCUAAACCGGUUGGUGUUAAACCACGGGUGGGGUCUCCUACAAGGCGUUCCAUGGCUCCUCAGUCACUUCGCAAUCCUACUCCAAUGAUGUCCAGUGUCCUUGAGCCUUCACAAUUAGGAAGAAGUAUUCUGCAAUCCACAAUCUUAGAUGGUCACUGUCUUCGCCCUGACUUUGAUGUGUCUGCCAUUAAAGACAAGACAGUGUUACAAAAUGCAGCAGUAGAACCUGAAAGAAACGAUGAACAUGAAAAGAGACUCCUAGAGAUGCAGACCUUCUUGUUGGCUUACCUCACAGCCAAGAUGGAGAAUAAUAGCCAGAAAUUGAAGGCGGAGGCAGAGGGGCAUAUUAUAGCCGUGAUGGAGGAAGAGGAGCUGCUACGGAAAGAAGUCCAUGAGAAGAAGCGCCAGUACCUCCUCCUGGAGAAGAACAAGCAGCUGGACGACCUGCUCGAUUUACAGAUCACAGCACUAACUCCUGUGGCUAAUGCCGCCAAGCAGUUCACACAGGAAUACAAGUCUUUUGCCACCGCAGUUGACACCACACGACAUGAGCUGCCAGUGAAGAACUUCUACAUUGACGGGGAUAGAAUGACAUUUCUGGAUAAAGCCACUGCUAGCCUGAAGGAGAGUGAGGAAGUGUUGCUGCAGUGCACACAGGGACCUCACCAUGGCAAUGAGAAAUCUGCUGAGUGCCUGAGAGGGAUGAAAACUGCUGCACAGGACAUCAGCAAGCAGCUCUCAGGGGGUUUUUCAGAGUUAUUGGAGCUGUCAUCAUUGGUCAGUCGCCAGACGGUUCAGAUUCAACAGGCCUUGGAAGAGGAGCAGCUUGGAUUGACAAGAGUUCAGGAACUCUAUUGCCCCAAACAGUGAAGCAGCAUCGAGAACAUUGUGUAGAAUGUACAGCCUAAAGUUCAGGAAUAAGGCCCAGGGGGUGCGGUAUAUGACCAAUAUUCCAUCACUAAGGGCUGUUCUAAUGCAAUGCGGAGUGCCUGGAUACAGCCCUUAGCCGUUGUAUAUUAUCCAUAUACUACAAACCUCCAAAGUGCCUUAUUGCUAUUAUAAACUGGUUACCAACGUAAUUAGAGCAGUAAAAAUAAAGGUUUUGUCAUACCCGUGGUAUACGGUCUGAUAUACCACGGCUGUCGGCCAGUCAGCAUUCAGGGCUCGAACCACCCAGUUUAUAAUUUUUGUUAACAUACAGUAGUUAAAUUACUUGAAUUACUGACCAUGGGAAUUAUUUUGUGAAACUUUUUAUUAAAUUGUAUACAUCAAUAUUUAA